GUUACACUGGGGUCCUCCACACAAUUUGAUACUGAUGUCUUUUGUCAUCGCUGCUCAAGCCGCUUUUCAAAGGAGGUGAGAGAAAAAGGAUUUAAAGACCGGCCCCCUUGACCUCUGAAGCAUCGAAAUGGCACGUGCAUCCAACAACUACGUGAACGUGGAGGAUGACUCCGAUUAUUAUUUUAGAGAAAUUGUAGAUAUCUACAGGUCAUGUUCCACAAUGUCGGCAGGCACAGCCAUCGUCCGAGGUAGACUUGACCAACUGAAUUAUGUCACACUAAACAUAGCAGUCACGGGGAUGUCAGGCGCAGGGAAGUCCACAUUUGUCAAUGCCAUAAGAGGCAUCCCGAACAGCCACCCCCUUGCCGCACCAACAGGCGUGACCGAGACAACCACGACUCCCGUCAAGUACAACCACCCCAGCAUGCCAAACGUCACGAUAUGGGACCUACCAGGGAUAGGAACCACAAAGCACCAAGCCAAGACCUACACAAAGCAGCAGAAGUUUGAGACGUAUGACGUCUUCAUCAUCAUCACCUCUGAGAGGUUCAAAGAAAACGACAUCCUACUGGCUAAAGCCAUCCUAAAACAGAAAAAGCUCUAUUAUUUUGUCAGGUCGAAAAUAGACAAUGACAUGUAUGCAGAGCAGCAAAUGAGUAGACGCAGUGAAGCACAAGUUCUGGCCAACAUCCGAUGGGACUGUCAGAAACACCUCAGAGAUUUGGGAAACCCUAAGGUCUUCCUUAUGUCCUCCUUCCAUUUAGAGAAAUACGAUUUCCCAGAACUGAUAGAAACCCUAAAGGAGGAGCUUCCGGAAAACAAGAGGUUAGCCCUCAUCCAGUCCCUGCCCGUGUACUCCACCGAGAUUCUGAGGAUGAAAUGUAAGCAUUUCAGGAAAAUGAUUUGGCUGACAGCCUUUGGUGCGGGUGCAGUUGCGAUGGCGCCACUUCCAGGACUAGCAUUAGUGUGUGACUACGCGAUCGUGCUGAGCUUCCUCAGCAAAGUCCACAAGGCUUUCGGCCUUGACGAGGAAUCCCUCCAAAGGCUGUCUGUUCGCAUCAACAAACCCGUACGGGAGCUCAGGUCGGCCAUGAAGUCCCGGUUCAGGGACGGGGUGAAUCCGGACGUGCUGAGUAAGUUCCUAGCCACGCCGGGUGUAACGGUUGCUGCCUCUGUGCAGUCCACGAUGACAUUCCUGGUGGGCGUUGGCACGCUGGUGGCAGGAGGGGUGUCUAUCGCUGCUGUGCACCAUUUACUGACCAAGGGGAUGGCGGAGAUGGAGGAUGAUGCUAAAGCAGUGCUAACGGUAGCUCAGUUAACCUGAUACUGCAACAGAUAGCAUAGCCCUAGCCAUCCAUUCGUUUCCACUCAAUUAUCAUUUCACAACACGUUACAUCUGGGUCUGGUAUUCACCCCACCUAGCAAUUCAGCGAACAGGGGAGGGACAAGAGAGCGGGAUGAGUGCUGAUGAAUUAAAUAGAGGUGAACUGCAUAUGCCAACCAAAGGUUAACCCUAUCCAGACCGGGCUUUUUUGGCAUUCCUGGGACCUAGGGGGCUCUUUUGACCCCCCAUAACUUAGGAACCGAAUGGCGUAUGACCACCAAACUUGGAGGGGAUGAUCUUCAGCCAAAGAUCUAUGAAUGACAUCAGUUUGGUGUCAUUAGUGGAUAUUAUGACAUCAUUAUGAUGUAAUUUCCUGAUUUUAUUGCCCAAAAUGUCUUAAUGCAUUUUCCAUCUAACUUGGGAAUGCACAUCAAUUUUGGUUAUUAUGUGCUUCAGACCACUUCAAAUGUCCACAGGGGUGUAAGAUGCUAAUAAAAAUGUAAAAAAAAAUACGAAAAGUGAUGAUGAUGAGACUUAGAUCAGUGAUUUUUGGUCAGACGUACCUGUCAGAAAACCGUUGCCAUGGCAACAACAAAAGUGAUAAACCUAAUCUUUUGGUAUCACACUGUAGCCAACUUCAUUUUAGGAAAAGCCACAAAGUUUCGCAGUCGCUUUAGUCAUUCAGGAGUUAUACGACAUCAAAGUUGGU